AUGGAUCUUUUAGCAAAUGAAUACGGUUCGAGUGAAGAUGAAGCGGCUGAAAAAAUUAACUUGAAACGAGCCGACGCCAAUAACGAUUCAACACAAAUCACAAAACGAUCAAAAAUUGACUUAGCACCUCAUGUCAGUCUUGAGGAUCCGAAACUUUUAACUUCCAUUUACACGAAACCAACCGACACACAAAUCGCCAUAAACAUCCCCUAUGAUGAUUUAAUCCGACCGGUUGUUGGACCCAGUAAUCCAUUUAAUACGAGAGUAAUGAAUCAAAAUGUUCUUACCGGCCAUAUAGAAGAACAGGCGUUUUCCGAAUUCGAUUUUAGGACACAGCAACGCACCUUUACCUCGUUUGGAUACGCGGCUGAUCCUUCACUUAUCACUCCCUUCAAUGGAGUAGGCGGAACGGGAUUCGUUGGGAACAUCGAGAAAGCUAUAGCUUUAAAUGGGGCUACGAUUUAUGACUCAACACCUAAACCAGCAGAUAUGCCAAAAAGAAAGCCAAAAGGUGACUCUGCAAUGCUGGAAGGUGAUGAUUCUUAUCAAGGACCCUGGGCAGGUUAUGAAGGCGAGAACAUUGGGAAUGCUGUCGGCCCUCCUGAGGGUUUAAUGCGUAAAAAAUCGGAUACAGAAACAACGAAUAAAAAACAAAUUGAUGUCGGACAGGAAAAAACAAUAUUUCAUGGAAAAUCUGAAUAUGAUUACCAAGGUAGAACGUAUAUGCACGUUCCAAUGGAUUUGGAUGUUAAUCUGUUGGGAGAGCCUGGCACACAAGAAUGUUUUAUUCCUAAGCGUUGUAUCCACACAUGGUCAGGUCAUACUAAGGGUGUAUCUGCUAUAAGAUUUUUUCCUAAAUCAGCGCAUUUAAUAUUGUCUGCUAGUAUGGAUUCCAAAGUCAAGAUCUGGGAUGUAUAUAAUGACCGUAAUUGUCUAAGAACUUAUAUUGGGCAUAAUAAAGCAGUCAGAGAUGUAACAUUCAGUAAUGAUGGAAAGCGAUUUCUGACUGCAAGCUAUGACAAAUACAUCAAGUUAUGGGAUACCGAAACCGGUCAAUGUAUCAAGUCGUUCACCACCGGUAAAAUUGCGUAUGUUGUCAAAUUCAACCCUGAUGAGGACAAACAACAUAUAUUUUUGGCUGGUUGUUCAGAUAAGAAAAUAGUGCAGUUUGAUGUAAACACUGGUGAAGUAACGCAAGAAUAUGACCAGCAUUUGGGUGCUGUAAAUACUAUAACAUUUGUGGACGAAAAUCGAAGAUUUGUUACAACUUCUGAUGAUAAAACACUAAGGGCAUGGGAAUUUGACAUACCUGUGGUGAUCAAAUAUAUUGCCGAACCGCAUAUGCACAGUAUGCCUGCAGUUACGCUGCACCCAAAUAAAAAAUGGUUGGCUUGUCAAUCAUUGGAUAACCAAAUCGUUGUUUAUGGUGCCAAGGAUAGGUUUCGUAUUCAUCGCAAGAAACGAUUUACUGGACAUUUGGUUGCUGGAUAUGCAUGUCAGGUCAACUUUUCACCAGAUGGCAGAUUUAUUAUGUCAGGAGAUUCCGAAGGAAAUAUUUGGUAUUGGGAUUGGAAAUCCUGCAAAAUGCUCAAGUGA